AUGGACUUCAUGAAGAUGAGGCUGGUUUAUGCUUUCAUUCUGAUGAUGGGCACUCUUUGCUUCUACUUCAGCAUGGGGCCUUUUGAGGAACCGCCACUUGUUCUCAAGAAAGGUCACAAGAAGUUCCUCCAGCUUCCAGAUAUAGACUGCAAUCAGAAGCCACCUUUCCUUGUGCUGCUGGUGACUUCAUCCCACAAGCAGCUGGCAGCUCGCAUGGCCAUCCGCAAGACAUGGGGUAGAGAAACAGAGGUGCAGGGGCAGCGUGUGAAGACCCUCUUCCUCCUGGGGGCCUCAGACAGUUUCCUGAAUUUCAAGGAUGACUAUUACAACUUGACCCUGAAGACAUUGAUGGGCAUGGAAUGGGUCCACCACUUUUGUCCUCAGGCAGCUUUUGUGAUGAAGACAGACUCAGACAUGUUUGUGAAUGUUGGCUAUCUGACUGACCUGCUGCUGAAAAAAAACAAAACUUCCAGGUUCUUCACGGGCUACAUAAAGCCUCAUGAAAUUCCUAUCAGAAAAAAGUCCAGCAAGUGGUUUGUGAGUAAAUUUGAAUAUCCUUGGGAUAGGUACCCACCUUUUUGUUCUGGUACUGGUUAUGUCUUUUCUAGCGAUGUGGCCAGCAAAGUUUUCAAUGUCUCUGAGAGUGUUCCAUUCCUCAAGCUGGAGGAUGUGUUUGUUGGGCUCUGCCUGGCCAAGCUGAACAUCCGGCCUGAGGAACUCCACACUGAACCAACCUUUUUCCCAGGUGGCUUACGCUUCUCUGUGUGCCGCUUUAAGAAAAUUGUGACCUGCCACUACGUGUCACCCCAGAACUUACUCACUUACUGGCAGGCACUGGAGAACUCUCAGGAACAGGUUUGCUCUGAUGUCUGA